AAGCACGGCCCGCUGCAAGCUCACUUGUCCGUUAAGCGCGAAAGCGUUCGUUCGGUUGCUAAAAUAAAAUCACAGAGAUACACUUUAUUGUGCUAUCCGGUUUAAACAAAUCUUUUUCGGACAAUAAAAAUAACUGCUAAUAAUGGCUGCCAACAAAUUGUGCUGCACUUUGGUGUUUGGUGCUUUAUUGUGCCUGGGACUGGUUGCUCUUAUUCAGGCGCAGGAUAAGCCGGUGACGGAUGUGUGUCUCGGCUGCAUUUGCGAGGCCAUCAGCGGAUGCAAUCAGACACGAUUCUGCGGCGGCGGCGUCUGCGGCCUGUUUCGCAUCACCUGGGCCUACUGGUCGGAUGGAGGCAAGCUGACCUUGGGAAACGAGAGCCCCCAGUCUGAAGAUGCCUAUGCCAACUGCGUGAACGAUCCCUACUGCGCGGCCAACACCAUCCAGAACUACAUGACCAAGUUUGGGCAGGACUGCAACAAAGAUGGGGGCAUCGACUGUUACGACUACGCUGCUAUUCACAAGUUGGGGGGCUAUGGCUGCGGUGGGGAGCUGGCUUAUCAGUACCAAACCAGCCUACAGAGCUGCCUGAACUCGUUCCAGCAAUUGGACGUUCGCUCGGGACCUUGAGCGCAAGAGUAGGGCACAUACGCAUCAAAUAAUUAACGAUAACUAAUAUUUAAAAUACUAAUUUAUGGCAAUGCAUUUGAAUUGGAGCUAGAUUGUGAAAUUGAGAUUGAUAUUAAAACUAUAAUGGUAAAGC